UUUUGCUGCAGUUGCUCCGGACGCCGCUGCUGCUGUUAUUGCCGCUCCUGCCGCGGCUGCUGCCCUGGAGGUGAAGGGAGGUGAAGUGUGUUGUUGUGUCGGUGCUGCCGCCACCGCCCGGAACGGAGUGGCGAGCCGGACGUCCGCGGACUGGCGAGAGCGGCGAGUCAGCAGCUGCGUGGUCUCCUCAGGCCGGGUCCUGUCUGCGCUGCCGCAGAGAGGCCGCCCGGCCCUGCGAACCGAACCAAUGCUGGACCUGGAGGUGGUGCCUGAACGCUCUCUGGGGAACGAGCAAUGGGAAUUCACACUGGGAAUGCCCCUGGCUCAGGCAGUGGCCAUUCUUCAGAAGCACUGUCGCAUCAUCAAAAAUGUCCAGGUUCUCUACAGUGAGCAGUCUCCUCUAAGCCAUGACCUCAUCCUUAACCUGACUCAGGACGGGAUCAAACUACUGUUUGAUGCUUUCAAUCAGAGACUUAAGGUGAUUGAAGUUUAUGACUUGACAAAAGUAAAGUUAAAAUAUUGUGGAGUGCAUUUUAACUCUCAGGCCAUCCCUCCUACCAUUGAGCAAAUUGACCAGUCUUUUGGCGCAACACACCCUGGAGUGUACAACUCUGCUGAGCAGCUCUUCCACCUCAACUUCAGAGGACUGUCUUUCUCUUUUCAGCUAGACUCGUGGAUAGAGGCUCCCAAGUACGAGCCCAAUUUUGCCCAUGGUCUAGCUUCUCUUCAAAUACCCCAUGGAGCGACUGUAAAGCGAAUGUACAUCUACAGUGGAAACAGCCUCCAGGACACCAAGGCUCCUGUGAUGCCCCUGAGCUGUUUCCUGGGGAAUGUAUAUGCUGAAAGUGUGGAUGUUCUUCGAGAUGGAACUGGACCCUCAGGAUUGCGGCUUCGCUUGCUCGCUGCAGGUUGUGGACCUGGAGUAUUAGCAGAUGCCAAAAUGCGAGUAUUUGAGCGCUCAGUGUAUUUUGGCGAUUCUUGCCAGGAUGUCCUUAGCAUGCUUGGCUCUCCACACAAGGUCUUCUAUAAAUCCGAGGACAAGAUGAAGAUUCACUCUCCUUCCCCUCAUAAACAAGUUCCAUCCAAGUGCAAUGACUACUUCUUUAACUAUUUCACUCUUGGAGUGGACAUCCUCUUUGAUGCAAACACACACAAAGUGAAGAAGUUUGUCCUGCAUACCAACUACCCUGGGCACUAUAACUUUAACAUUUACCACCGCUGUGAGUUCAAGAUCCCACUAGCCGUAAAGAAAGAAAAUGCAAGUGGUCAGACCGAAACAUGCACAACCUACAGCAAGUGGGACAACAUCCAGGAGCUUCUGGGCCAUCCUGUGGAGAAGCCUGUUGUCUUGCACAGGUCCUCAUCCCCAAACAACACCAACCCAUUUGGCUCCACAUUCUGCUUUGGUCUUCAGCGGAUGAUCUUUGAGGUCAUGCAGAACAACCACAUUGCCUCAGUGACCCUGUAUGGCCCCCCUAGGCCUGGUGCCCACCUGAGAACAGCAGAACUGCCCUAAGGACAUCACUACCCAUUCCCUUCUGUCCAUGGAACUGUGCAUCACAUCCAGCUCAGUGGGUCUCUGUGCCACCCUGCGUGUUUUCUUGGGCACCUUGGCAGUGUUGAAGGGCUCUGGGAUUCGGAAGGAUUCAGGAGUGGGAUUCGUGUUGAGUCCUCUACCUUGAGACAGAGAACCCAGGUAUCCCUCUGUCCUGAGCCUGCUGUUGCCAGCAGAGAGCAGUCUGCAAAGAGAAGCACAAACUUUGGGCCUCGAUAACCUGGACCCAGGGCCUCUCAGUUACCGUGUAAUGAAGGACAUGUCAACCCCUGUCCUGCACACAUAGGGAAGAUGGGCUUUCUCUGGCUAAGGAAAUAGGUAUCUAGCAUGAGAACAGGGUCCUGCUUUUGGCCUGACAUUGCCGUGUGGUCCUAUGGUGAGCAGAGCAGGUACCAUGUCCAUAGUACUGGGUUGCAAUAUUUGCACUACAUCCACUUUAGCUACUUGAUGAGCUGGCUGUGGCUGGUGUGGCCCACAUGCCCUUUUCUGUUUCUUUUGUGCGAGUGCUCCCUGCCAGGCCCAGGUGGCACACCUAAGUGGUUGAAAUACAGUUUUGUACCAGGUAUGUACCCGGGCUGGGUUCCCACUGCUGCUCUGGGAGCCAGCCUUCAAGGUCACUUGUGUCUCUUGGUCCAGCCUGGCUGACAGGGCUGCAUGUUUCCAUCUUGUUUGCCUCUUUUAUUUAAUGCCAAAGUGUUAGCCAAAGACACCUUCCUCCUUCAGUUACAUUACAGCAUUCUGUUGUGCACUGUGGGCCAGCUCCCUGCCCCACUUCUGGGCACUGGCCUGGCCUGGCUGCUUGGUUCAAGGCCUAGGGGCUCACAGAAGAUUGGGCCGCUGCAUUUCUUACAUGGGUCUUGCUAAUGGGAAGUAGUAUAUAUGUGCUUUAAAAUAUUAAUCCUUUUGAAAAGAAUUGAGAAGAGAAACGUAAUUUUAUCCCAUUUUUAAUAUUUUGGUCUAGCAACUUGUGAUACAUAGAUGACAAUUUUGUGAGUUUUUCAAAUGUGUGUACAGAUUUUUGUAAAUAAUGACUUUUGUAAUUAACUCAUGUACAGCCUCAUCUUGUAUAGUUCAUGAUGAAUGUGCAGGGGGCCUGCCCCAGCUGUCUGUAUGGUUCCUGGGCCUACAGCCAGGCCUGUGUGGCACUCCCAUGACUGAUUGACAGGUGUCUUCCCAUUUGGACCUUGGUCUGGCCAGAGACCCUGCACGUCCCACUGUCAGGGUAGCCAGGACUGUUCCCAUCCUCUUGAAUAGAGGAUACCUCCUCAUCCCCUUUCCAAUAAAGCACCUAUGCCCACAGUGACAGC